AGACUGCAUGCACUGAGUCUGAUGCCGAGUGAUGGCUUUCUCAGCUCUUUUUGUUGUCUUGAAAUCAGCGUCUGGUCGAAGUAGAGAUUCCUUGCACUCCGUGUUGAAGUGGGACAUCACGCGUAGAUCGUGCUGAACAAGUAGCGUUGCCAUCAUGGCGGCUUCGGCCUCCUCGCUGAUUCAGUUUUGGAAGGACAUCAGUCUGCCCCGUUUGCAGCAUGAGUUGGAUACAGCGGCAGCAGAGAUUGCCCAGCGUCAAGACAGUGCCGACACGUCGCGCAAGAAGUUGAUUGAGCUCAGCCGUGAUUACAAGCGCAACACGCCGGAAGAUGAGCGCAAACGUGUUUCCGCCCUGCUAAAGAGCUUCCAAGCCGAGGUUGACACAUUGUCACGCCGAGCCAAGGCUGCAGAGGGUUCAUUUCUGAACCUGUACAAACGCCUUGCUGAUGCUCCCGAUCCAGCACCAGCACUGGAUCAAGUUUCCACAUUGCAGAAGAGACUGACAUCCAUGCAGGACUUGGAGUUGGAGAAUAAGAAGUUGCGUGAAACCUUGGAUCAGUAUAACAAAGAGUAUGCUGAAGUUCGAAAUCAAGAGGUGACCAUCAAUCGUCUCCGUGAAAAGGUCAAGGAGUACGAAGAAGAAAUGGAGGAAACAGCAAAGGCAAGAGCACAGGAGAAGGAGUUGGAAAUGCAGCGUCGUUUCACUGAGAAGGAGCGAGAUCUCACCAGUCAGAAUGUGGAGCUGGCUACCAAACUAGGCAUUGCUGAACAGCAAUCUGCAUCCCUGCACACUGCGCUGGACAGUGUACGUGAUGAAGUUGUUGUACUUCGUACCAAGAAUGACGAGCUCACAGAGGCAAGGUCUUCCGAGUUGGACAUGGUAUCGACUGACUUGGAACGCUCCCAACUGCGUGCUCAAACUGCAGAGAAAGAAGCCGAGCAAGUGCGCGAUCAGUUGGCAAAUGCUCAGCAGCUGCUCAAGACCGGUACUGCAACACACUCCAGCUCAGCGGACCAACAAGACCACCAUGCUGGAAUUCAGGCUUCGCUCGAAGCGGAAAUCGCUGCGAAAGACCGAGAGGUAAUCCGGUUAGUUGGCGACCUACAACAGUUGCAGAGUGCAAUGAGCAAAACCAAGGAGAAUUCUGCAGCCCAGAUAACAUCAUUGGAAGGUCAACUAACAGACCAAUCACAAGCCAUACAUACGCUACAGGAGAAAAUCACGCUACAAGAUGAUUAUGAUGAAAUCAAACGUGAACUAAGCAUCCUGAAGAUGAUAGAGUUUCCGUCAUCAUCAUCUCGACUUGGUGACUCUGAUGAUGAUGAGGAUAAUGAUGAUAAUGAUGAUGUUGACGGCGCGGACAGUGUUAGAACAAAGGAAGUAUCAAAGAAACCUCUGGAAGUGCUCUUUCUGGAGAAGAAUAAAGCUCUUGUAGCUGAUAACACUUCACUCAAGCUGGCUCAAACUGAAAUGAAUGUGCGUAUCAUGGAGCUAGAACAGGAGAGUGUGGACUUACGUGAAAGUUGCAGGCGUCAAAAAGACCUCAUCACUCAACUCGAGAUGGACUUGAUUAGUGUCCAGAGCUUGCUACCAUCCCGGACCGAAGGGGAGGGACAGGCUGCAGAUUCCAGUACAGCAACCACAGAGACACUCCAUCAGUCCAGUUCCCCUAGCUGGCAGCCAGCUCAAUUGCCGCUCAGUCCCGCCACAAGCAAACCUCCCAUCAGUGCUAUACUACCUGGAAGUGGUGGUGGUAGUGGCAGUAGUUCAAGUGCUGGCGUUAACGCUUCCUCUAACGACUCUCUCUUGCCCAUUGUAUCAAGCCAGAGAGAACGCUUUCGACAGAGAAACCUUGAGCUUGAAGCGGAAACACGUCAGUUGCAUCAAACCAUAGCCGUACUACGUAACGAGGUGGACACACUCCGAUCUGACAACAUCAAGCUCUACGAGAAGAUCAAGUUCCUGCAAAGCUAUUCUUCGUCAGCGGGUAAAGGAGGACAUGGUGACGUGUCUUUACACAUGGGUGCUGCAACUACUGGUGCUGGUGCUGGUGCUGGUGGUUUCCGUUCCACAGUCGGUGGUAGUGGUGGCGGGGCAAGCAGCAGUGGUACCAAUGAUGACGCCGUUCUCCGCUAUUCGUCACAGUACGAGGAAAAGCUGGACCCGUUCGCCGCAUUCAGUCGUCGAGAAAAGCAGCGCAAGUACAUGGGAUUGUCCGCACCAGAACGCGCCACACUGGGCAUUUCCCAGUUUGUUUUGAGUAACAAGACAGCGCGCACAGUAGCUUUCUUCUACACAUUGUUGCUGCAUCUCCUGACGGUCGUGGUGCUGUGGAAGUUUGCAUACAGUCAAAACUGUGAAGUUGACGCUGCCGCCAACUGCUAUAAAAGUUUUGCAGAGCAUAUGCAAGAACACCAUCACCAGCAUAAUGCCAAUGAUCCGAAAGGUUACGCUCAAGCAGACAACGUGCUACAGCAUGUCGCUAUGAUGUCCACAACGACGUAGUUGUCACACACAUCAGAUUAGUCAUCUCGUAUUCCACUGGCCAUCACUCAGCUUAGCAGCCGUCUUGUUGGUCAUCUUGUUGAUCAUCUUCUAUCAUCUUGUACAUACUCUCUCCUUCCGUUUUUACCCGUUGAUCCUGCUUUUCAUUGCCGCUACCAGAGCUGUUUCUUCUGCACGAUUUGCACAGCAGUAUUUUUAUAACAACUAUUGCACCCCCCGCCCCCAUAUGAUGUAAUUAUGACGUAAUCAUGAUGUAAUUAUACUGCAUAAUCCGCAUGUGUAUGUGAAGAUGUGUGUACAUAAUUGUAUUAGAUACACAAACCGCACCACCAGUGUUGUGGUGUGCCUGUACCCCUCGUUUCACACUGUUGUUGUUGUUGUAGAUAUGUGCCCCGGUACACGCGUACUGAUAUUCAUUUCUUAUUCUUCCUUUCAUGUUACGGGACGGAACGGAAGUGCUUGCGCUUUUUGUGAGCUUCCCCUUUGCCUUCUCUCCAUCCUCACAUUGUUUAUAAUAAUUGUGUUCAACCUAGCAAACCUAUGGGUAUGCUGUACUAGUA